AGCCCAACGAUUGCCAUAGAGUUUCAGUUUAGUUUGUUGUGUGGACGCAGCAACAAGUGUACUCCGCAGUAACAGUAACAGCAGCAACAGUUACAGCAGCAGCAGCAGCAACAGUUACAGCAGCUGUGCGAAUAUUACUGAAGCGCAACAAGUGCCAGCAAGAGAUUAAAAUAGAAGAGAGUAGGAGAGUGUGAGUGAGAGUGAGAGUGAGAGAAUAGCGGUCUUCAAGUUCGCGCCACGUUCCCUCAAUUAGUUUGUGCGGAGUGCAAGGCAUUUAAAUAUAAAUUUGCAUUAAGACUGCAAUUUUAUCAAAUUAAGCGAAACGAAAUAAAUUCAUUAAACGAACUGAAUUCAAUUGGCAACCACAACCACAGACACAGCCACAGCCACAACCGCUAUCGUAACUGCAACUGCGACUGCAGGCAGCUGAAAGUGAAAGGAAACGGAACAGAGAAAGAAAAAGGGAGGCAACGCAGAAAAUGCUACUCAAAGGCAUCCAAUUGCUGCGAAGCGGGUUGGUUGUUCCGCCCAAGAGUUACAACUUUCGUCUGGUUUGUCGUGCCCUGUCCGUGCAAUAUGGCGAUACGAGGACUCUGACACCCGCUGUCAAGGAUUACGUGGACAAAUGCGUGGGACUCUGCCAGCCGGAGCAGGUCCACAUCUGUGAUGGCAGCACGGCGGAGAGUAAACUACUGCAGAGUUUGAUGCUGAAACAAGGAACCAUUGUGCCGCUGCCCAAGUACGACAACUGCUGGUUGGCCAGGACCAAUCCCGCUGAUGUGGCCCGUGUGGAGUCCAAGACAUUCAUCUGCACGGACCGCAGGGAGCAAACCGUUCCAGUGACGCCGAACUCUACACCCGGCACCCUGGGAAACUGGAUCUCUGAGGCUGACCUGAAGGCGGCCAUCGCAGAACGUUUUCCGGGCUGCAUGAAGGGACGCACCAUGUAUGUGAUACCCUUCAGCAUGGGUCCAGUGGGAUCGCCACUCUCCAAGAUCGGCAUCGAAAUCACCGACUCGCCGUAUGUCGUCGAAUCCAUGAAGAUAAUGACGCGUGCCGGCUCUCCAGUGCUGCAAGUGCUUCAACAGGGGGAUGGCCAGUUCGUCAAGUGCCUUCACUCAGUGGGUACACCUGCCAGCGGUGUCCAAGCGCAGCCAUCCUGGCCCUGCGAUCCCGAACGUACCAUCAUUCUGCAUAAGCCCGCAGAGAAUGAGAUCGUCUCCUAUGGCUCUGGCUAUGGUGGCAACUCGCUGCUGGGCAAGAAGUGCUUCGCUCUGCGCAUUGGCAGCACCAUUGCCAAGCGGGAGGGCUGGCUGGCCGAGCACAUGCUCAUCCUGGGCAUCACCAAUCCGCAGGGUAAGAAAAUCUACGUGGCCGCCGCCUUCCCCUCCGCCUGUGGCAAGACCAACCUGGCCAUGAUGACGCCCACUCUGCCGGGCUACAAGGUGGAGUGUGUGGGCGACGACAUUGCCUGGAUGAAGUUCGAUUCCCAGGGUGUUCUGCGUGCCAUCAAUCCCGAGAAUGGCUUCUUUGGUGUUGCUCCUGGCACUUCGCGUGCCACAAAUCCCAUUGCCAUGGACACGGUCUUCCGCAAUACGGUAUUCACCAAUGUGGCCUCCACCUCUGACGGGGGCGUCUAUUGGGAAGGCAUGGAGUCAUCUCAACUGGCCGAUGUCACCGUCACCGACUGGCUGGGCAAGCCCUGGUCCAAGGACUCGGGCAAACCGGCCGCUCAUCCCAACUCCCGCUUCUGCACCCCUGCCGCCCAGUGUCCCAUCAUUGAUCCCGCCUGGGAGGAUAGCGCCGGCGUGCCCAUCUCUGCCAUACUCUUCGGCGGUCGUCGUCCCGCGGGUGUCCCUCUAGUCUACGAGGCACGCGACUGGUCCCAUGGUGUCUUCAUUGGCGCCGCGAUGCGCAGUGAGGCGACUGCCGCGGCGGAGCACAAGGCCAAGGUGAUCAUGCACGAUCCCUUUGCGAUGCGUCCCUUCUUCGGCUACAACUUUGGUGACUACCUGGGCCACUGGCUGAGCAUGGAGCAACGCGGUCAGGUGCCCAAGAUCUUCCACGUCAACUGGUUCCGCAAGAGCUCUGAGGGCAAGUUCCUUUGGCCCGGCUUUGGGGAUAACUCACGCGUUCUGGACUGGAUCUUCCGCCGUGUGCAGGGCGAGAAUUGUUACGAGGAGUCGCCAAUUGGUCGCCUGCCCAGCAAGGACGCACUGAACGUGGCCGGGCUCGAAGAUAGCGUGGAUCUCAAGCAGCUCUUCGACCUGCCCAAGGACUUUUGGCAACAGGAGGUCACUGAGAUUGAGCAGUACUUUGAGGCGCAGGUGGGUGGACAUCUGCCCCGUGCUGUGGCGACACAACUGGCUGAGCUGAAGGCGCGUGUGGCAACCAUGUGAUGUGCAGAAAUUGGGUUCCAUAGGUUAUUGGUAAUCUUAGUUUAAUAAAAGUCUAAUAAAACGAGCGAGAGAUUUUGUUGUAGCAA